AUUAUUCCUUCCGUCUUUGUAUGUUAUGUGUACAAAUGGCGGCUACUUUUCUUGCUAAGCAUAAGCAAUUAUUGUAUUCAAAUAAACAUAAACUCUGUGAGAUGGAUACGCACAAUGUGGAAGUAUAGUGUUACAUUGUAAUAUAAAAGUGUUCCUUUGUUCUAAUCAAACUAAUAAUAAACUAAACCAUGGAAAACCAUAAUAUGCACGAAGUUCCAAUACUGAAUCAGCAUGAUGUACCGAUAUUAAAUACACAUAUGAAUUCAAUGGUAAUUCCCCAACAACAACCGCAGCAGCAACAGAACCAUCAGCAACAGAACCACCAGCAACCACCACAACAAAACCUCCAACAACAAAACCAUCAACAACCGCCUAACAACCAAAUAAACCAUCAACAACCGAUUCCUGAAGCACCAACAGUCACCGAUGACCUAAAGCCUAAGUUAGAAAAGAAGAAAAAGGAAGCAAUAGAUGGACAAGCGAGAGAAAUAAUUUAUAAAGUAAUAAAGUUCUUUGAAAGUGAGAAACAAAAUAGAGGUUAUGCAUAUCCUGUAGAUAAUGUUGUUAAACGGGCCUGCGCUGCUACUGGCUUAUCAGAGAGCACAAUAAAAAGAAUAAAAAGGGACGGUUUGCGCGCAGAGGCGACACACACUAAAAUGACGGGACCUAAAAAGAAAAGAGUAAGGAAAACCAAAGUACAGUUAGAUUAUUUCCAAUUAUGCGCUUUAAGAGGCAUCGUAAAUAGUUACAGCAGUAGAAAGGAAGUACCUACAUUAGGUAAGAUAUUGGCUGCUGCGAAACAUGAAUUAAAUUACAGAGGAGGUAAGGAAUCUCUUAGAUUGAUAUUAUUGAACAAACUGGGUAUUAAAUUUAAGAAAUGCGAAAAGAAAAACAAGAAACCUCCGGAACAAAAUGUAUUACCAAUGCAACAGUUACCAAAUGUGAUACAUCCGCCUAUGCAGCAAGUAAAACCAGUUGAAAACCAGUAUAUGUAUAAUAAUAUGUUGCCUCAAGUACCACCAGUGUCAUAUUAACUAUGUUGGUACACCAGAUGGAAUAAACAAUAUUGUAAAAUUGACUAAACAUAGGCCCUACAUUGUAGGGAGAAAUGAACGAAACGAAACCCUGUAGGAAUCAAAUUGACUAGAUCUUAUUUUGUCAACAAAUUAAUCAUAAAAUGCAAAGGCUUGAAAACUGGUGAUGAAAAUGGACAACCAGAGUUAUAUCUUACUUAAUAUUGAAAGUAAUGUAAAACAAUCGAAGGUUGAAACCAAUAAUGGUGAUCACCAACAACAUCAAAGGGUUAAAACUCUUCAGGGUAGGCUAGAGUCUGCCCAUGACCUAGACAAGGAGUUGCAGAGAAUCCCAAACAACUCACAAUGGUUGAAAUAUUAAGGGGUGGUCAAUUGAUUCAACUGGUUUGUUGAAUUCUUAUCUUUAUUUUGUCACAUUCUUGUUUGUUCUAUUAACAAUAUAGCUAAACUUUGUUGGUAAGCUAUAUAAAUAAUGUUUUAAGAAUA